ACAGUGACCGGUGGGCGUGGGCUGGGUGUACUCACUUGGUACAGAAUGGAAUAGAAGUCAAGGUAUAGUACUAUAUACCCGACAGAGAGAGGCUGCAGGAGCACAGGAAGCGGACCCGCGAGAAAACAUGGCUCCAGACGCGGCAUCUCCUGUUCCUCACCCUUACUGGCCCCGUGAUCUGCAGAUAGAAGGUUACCGUCCCAAUGACCGUCCCAUGUGGGAGAUCUUGACCUUCCUGUUCUCGGUAUCAGGGGUCCUACUGGUUGGAACAUGGCUCCUAUCCGGCCGGGUGUCCGGUUUGAGCCCAGCACGGCGCCUGGCGAUCUGUUGGUUCAUGGUCUGCGGCUUCAUCCAUGGAGUAAUCGAGGGUUGGUUCGCCUUCUACUACCCAGUCAUCCCGAAGGACCAGGCGUUCCUCUCGCAGCUAUGGAAGGAAUAUGGCAAGGGCGACAGUAGAUACAUCAUAGCAGAUAAUUUUACAGUCUGCAUGGAAACCAUCACAGCCUUAGCUUGGGGGCCGCUGAGUGUGUGGACCGUCAUCGCCUUCCUCCGGAAGCAUCCGUACCGCUUCGUGCUGCAACUCAUCGUGUCCCUUGGGCAGCUAUACGGUGACGUUCUGUAUUUCUACACCGAGUACCGUGAGGGGUUCUCGCACAGUGAGAUGUACCAUCCCAUCUAUUUCUGGUUCUACUUCGUCUUCAUGAACGCCCUGUGGAUUAUCAUCCCGUCUGCCCUGAUUGUGGACGCCUGGGUCAACCUGAGCCACUCGCAGGCCACGGCGGACGCUGCGCGGCCGGCAGGCAAAGCCAAAAGGAAAUGAACGUUAAGCGCUGUCCACGGACAAUUCCCAGGCGGUCCAAGUCUGUGGCUUGUGAGAACCUAAGAGCACACGGAGCAGCAGAAGUCGUCUCCAUCUGUUGUGUCAUCAUCGUGUAUAUAUAUAUAUAUAUAUAUAUAUUAGGGGCCACAAAGCCAUCAUCGGUCCGCUAAAAGCUCCUAAAAUCAUCAGCAAAGGUUAUAAUAGUCUGAUUAUAGGAAAGUUAUUUGUUUAAUGACUGAAUUGCCACCAUGCAUUUUUGUCCGAUUAUUCAGAGACUAAAUUUUGUGAGAAAUCUUUCUACUAAACUGUGCUGUAUUUACGGUUCCGGUAUGAAUGGUCGACCAUGUUAUGGUCGACAGUCAUUAGGUCGACCACUAUUGGUCGACAUUGACAUGGUCGACAUGGACACAUGGUCGACACAUGAAAAUGGUCGACACAUGACAAGGUCGACAUGAGUUUUUUUAACCUUUUUUUGGUGUAAUUUUUUGCGUCAAGUGACGGGGAACCCCAAUUAGUGCACCGCGUCCCCUUGCAUGGCUCGCUUCGCUCGCCAUGAUUCGGGCAUGGUGCCUUCGCUCCGCUACCGCUUCGCUCGGCACAGAUUACCGUUCCAAUCGUAGUCCACGUGGAUCGUAAAGUAUGGAAAAGUUCCCCAAAAGAAAAAAAAGUUAAAAAACUCAUGUCGACCUUUUCAUGUGGCGACCUUUCAUGUGUCGACCAUUUUCAUGUGUCGACCAUGUCAAUGUCGACCAAUAGUGGUCGACCUAAUGACUGUCGACCAUAACAUGGUCGACCAUCUGAACGGAUACCGUAUUUACGUAGACCAGCGGCCACAGGCUGGGACCUGUAGUUCUAGCCCAAUCGGUUUGGCUGCCGCUACGUAAAAGUAAUCCUGUACGGUUGGUUAUCAGGAUAUCGCUGCAGCCAUCUCCUGGACUUUGCGCUGUUGUCACUUCCCCAAGGCCGCACACCUGCCCUUCGCCCUUUUUAAUCUUUGUUUACAGAGAGGGAAGCGAUAAGGUCUCAGUCUAUAUUCACAACGCAUUGAACGUGUAACAGAUGUCACAUACCAUGACUCGAUUCAUCAGGAUUUGGGAAUGAUUUCCUGUGCUUUACCGGACAAAAUAAAUAUAAAUUUUUAAUAAAAA